ACCGCGCACUCAUCGCUACUCUGAAGUCUGAAGUUCAUCCGCCAUUGAAACCCCUGCGAAAACCUCAACCGUGGGGAAUACGGUCUCUGCCUUACUCAGUGUCACUUUCUGCGAGCAACCAUGAAACUUCGUUCUCAACGUCAACGCAGAGUUUCAGGACGGGCCGUCAAAACCAAUAGGUCCCGGACUAGACAUAACUCUGACGAAGAAGAUUACGUCCCACCUUCAGAUUCUGAUAGCAGUGGCAGCGACAAAGGUGGUGUUUCUUUUCUGAAAGAAGAUGAGCUAAAACACGAUGAAGAGGGGGGAGGGACGAAAGAGUUGGACGGUAAUGAUAAAGGGAAGGUUAUGAUUGAAAUAAGCGAAGGGGACUCCGUGACUGAUGAUGCCGCUGAUUCUGAUUACAUUGAGCAUCUAAAGGAAAGUAAGAAGACGGUAUCGGAGAAGAAAGGGAAGAGACCAGUUCACAGGGGAAAGAAACCGAAAAGCAAUAUGGAACAAGACGGUGAAGAAAGCAACAAUGUAGAACCGGAGGUUACAAUUUAUGAUCUUGAAGAAGUUAGUGGUUAUUGGAUGGAUGAACAGAAGAAGAAGAACAAUACUCAGAAGAAGAAAAAAAGAAAAAGAAGACCAACAUUAUUGUGGGAAGCUUUGGAGGAGGAGAAUGAGAGAUGGCUUGAUGCAAAUGAGACAGAAGAUGUUAAUUUUGAUCGCCUAGACGAUGAAGUGGCAGAAACUGCUGAGGAGCCCCAAGACUUGCUUAUGCCUUUACUGAGGUACCAAAGGGAGUGGUUGGCCUGGGCAAUGAAGCAGGAGGAUUCUGAACUUCGAGGAGGAAUCCUUGCGGAUGAAAUGGGGAUGGGGAAGACAAUCCAAGCCAUUGCACUUGUUCUUGCCAAGCAUGCAUCCCAUCGAAGUAGUACCGGCUCCACUGGGCCUUUGUCCUCACCUGGUCCAUCCACUGCGUUGCCCAAAGUUAAAUGCACCCUUGUUAUUUGUCCUGUUGUUGCAGUGAUGCAGUGGGCGGAUGAAAUUGAUCGAUUUACACCUAAAGGUAGCACCAAAGUGCUGGUAUAUCAUGGGGUUAACAAGAAGAAGAUUAUGAAUGAGUUCUCUGAAUUUGAUUUUGUCCUGACUACAUAUUCUACUGUUGAGGCAGAUUAUAGGAAGAAUGUGAUGCCACCCAAGGAGAAGUGUAUCUGGUGUGGCAAGUUAUUUUGUCCCAAGAAGAUGGUUGUCCAUCUACAGUAUUUUUGUGGUCCUAAUGCCGUUAAAACAGCUAAGCAGUCCAAGCAAGUAAGAAAGGAGGGGAAGCACAAAUUAAACUAUUCUGAGGUGAAAAUGAAACCUCCUGUUCAAGAGGAUGAGGUGAUUGAAUUUGAGGGCAGCAAAGUGAAUGGGGCUGGUAAGAAGACCAAGAAGCAACAGAAACAAGAAAAAAGAACAAUGCCUGGGGAUAUUUCUUCAAAUGGGAGGCCAACCAAUUUAGACCAGGGAACACCUGCAGGGAAAUCAGCUUUGCAUUCUGUAAAGUGGGAACGUAUUAUUUUGGAUGAGGCACAUUAUAUAAAAGAUAGACGAAGCAAUACAGCAAAGGGGGUUCUUGCUUUAGAAUCUUCUUAUAAAUGGGCUUUAAGUGGCACUCCCCUUCAGAAUCGUGUUGGUGAACUUUAUUCCCUGGUCCGUUUCCUGCAAAUAGUUCCCUACUCAUAUUACUUUUGUAGGGAUUGUGAUUGCAAAUCACUUGAUUACAGCUCUACAACACAAUGCCCCAACUGUGUUCAUAAAUCUGUGAGGCAUUUUUGCUGGUGGAACAGAUUUAUAGCUAAACCAAUACAAUGUCCAAAGAAUGUCGGCGAUGGAAGACGGGCUAUGGUUCUGCUCAAAAAUAAACUUUUGAAAACUAUAGUGCUUAGACGCACUAAGAAAGGCAGGUCUGCAGAUCUUGCCCUUCCUCCUAGAAUUGUUUCUUUGAGGCGAGAUAGGCUGGAUAUUAAAGAAGAAGAAUAUUAUAAAUCGCUGUAUAAUGAAAGUCAACUACAAUUUAAUACAUAUGUUGAAGCUGGAACCCUGAUGAAUAACUAUGCUCACAUAUUUGACUUGCUUACUCGAUUACGGCAGGCAGUUGAUCAUCCAUACCUUGUGGUCUAUUCUAAAACAGCAGCAUUAAGGAAUGGAAGUGCAACAGAUGCUUCUAUUGGUGAACAAGAUUGUGGCAUUUGCCAUGAUGCAGCAGAGGAGCCAGUGGUUACUGCUUGUGCACAUGUUUUCUGUAAGGCUUGUUUGGUGGAUUACUCUACAACCUUGGAACAAGGUUCAUGCCCAUCGUGCUCAAAACCACUUACUGUUGACUUCACAGCAAAGAUGAAUGCAGAGUACCAGGGUACUAAAACAACCAUCAAGGGUUAUAGACAUUCAAGUAUUCUGAGUAGAAUUUGUCUUGAAGAUUUCCAGACGAGCACAAAAAUUGAUGCCUUGAGGGAAGAAAUCAGAUUCAUGAUUGAGAGAGAUGGUUCUGCAAAGGGGAUUGUUUUUAGCCAGUUCACAUCAUUCUUGGAUUUGAUAAGCUAUGCCCUCCAUAAGUCUGGCUUAAAUUGUGUUCAAUUAGUGGGAAGUAUGAGCAUGACUGCCAGAAAUUCUUCCAUAAAGAGAUUUACUGAUGAUCCAGACUGCAAGAUUUUCCUUAUGAGCUUGAAAGCUGGUGGUGUUGCUCUCAAUCUAACCGUUGCAUCACAUGUUUUCCUGAUGGAUCCUUGGUGGAAUCCAGCCGUGGAGAGGCAAGCCCAAGAUCGAAUCCAUCGGAUCGGACAAUACAAACCAAUCAGGAUCAUAAGGUUCAUAAUUGAGGACACCAUUGAAGAGAGGAUUCUUAAGUUGCAAGAGAAGAAGGAAUUGGUGUUUGAAGGGACUAUAGGUGGUUCUUCUGAGGCUCUGGGAAAACUAACAGCAGAGGACUUAAGGUUCUUGUUCACCACCUAAGCGGGAAUUUCUCGCAAGAUUCCAUAUAAUCUCUUAGAUGAAUUGUUACCACGUAGGAAGUAAUCGGGUUGAAAAGUGUAGGAAACUGAGAUCUCGUUUUCUCAUGAAAUGGAGUGUCUUGUAAGUAAUUAGGUCUGUAAUCCUCUCAAUAUCAGAGGCUGCUUGGAAGUACGAGGAUUGUUUUUCUGGUUAUACAAACUUUGUAUAUUGAGAUGUGAUAGUUUUUGUAUAUAUCUUUUAAUUCCUGUAAUUUUGAGCAUCUGUAAAUGCAAUUAUUUCUUUAGGUUGUGAAAAGGAAUUGAUAAUUGGUGACAGACUUAAAACAGCU